AAACCAGUCUUCAUAACAAUGAGCUUUUUUUUAAAGUAAUUUAAUUGUAUUAACGGAUUCAUGCAUAGUCCUUCCCUGGUACAUCACGCCAUUACGCCAUGAAUGCGUGGUUGAAGCAUGCUAUUUAACUUCAACGACUUUUAAAGCUGAGAUUAAAAUAAUCUGUGGAAGCCUAAACAUAAGGCACAAAAGGUGGUUUCAGAGGAGGUAAAUGUAAUGGGAAAUAGAAAAGAAAUCCAGUUUUAUAUUAGAUCCAGUUGGUUGCAGGGAAAUCACGUUGAAGCACGAAGGAUUGUCUCCUCCAUGAAAAGCUGCCUCGUUCGCCUAAAUAGGAAUAUGAAUUCUUCGCCCACAUCUAGUGCAUGUAAUUAAGGAAAGCAAGAAAACAAAGAAUUCAGCCAUUUUCCCCUUAUAUUUUGGCGGGCCGGUUUUUAAAAGUGAGCUCUAAGACAAUUUAGGUAUAAAAAGGGGCAAGCUGGAAAGCUUAAAAGCUUAAAAGCUUCUCGAGAUCAUCUUGCCUAAGAAAAAUGCUUUCCAGAAAUUGAAUCCCUGAAAGUUUCUCUACUGUAAAGCAACCGCAGAGUGAAUAUUUAUAAGCGUGGGUCCCUCCGAUUAGCGGAAAAUGCUUCUGCAGAGAUCCCUUUCAGUGGAGAGUACGCUGGAAGAAGCUUUAGGUCCUUCAGCUGCAAUUCCGUUCAAAUGGGAGGAAGCGCCGGGGAAAGCCAAACCAGAGGAAGAACAGAGGCGUCCGGCGGUUCUCCAAAUGAAAGGGGACAACGAUUUUUAUAACCUGUUGCUUAGCAAGCAGGAAAGCAUGGGGCAUUCCACCAGAUCUCUCUACAGGCCUGCCGAUCCCGGGACUGUUCCGUUCCAGUGGGAGGCGGAACCAGGCAGGCCCAAAACCCCUGCUCGGAUGGAGCAGCUUGCGCCUCUCAGCCCGCCCCCGGCUCUUCUUUCUCCGGCCCGCCCUGCUUCCCCAAUUUGGGGAGUCCCAACUACCAAGUGGUACUCACAGAACUUGAUGAAGAAGAUUUUCCACAGGCAUCACCAAAGCCCUAACAAGGUGUCCCUGGAUUCAAAUCCCGGUGCUUCAAAUUCUCAGGUAUCAAGAGCCUCCAGAUCCAGCGGGAGCAGCAGCCUACUGAGCUUUAGUAGGAUGAGGAGCUCUAAUGGCGGAUCAGAGUUGAGUGCUACAACUACUUCUUCUUCGUCAUCAUCUUCAUGCUCUGAAUCUCCCAGAAAAGAGCUAUCUAGUCAAGGGACUGGGUCUUGGCUGUAUAGAAGCGCUCCUCAGUCUCCCAAUUUGUAUCACUGUGAUCCCAAACGGCAUCACAAGGAAAACAAAGAUACCCAUGAGAGAAAAUCAACAGAAGAGAGCGAAGAAGACUUGGAAUUUCAUGAUGCACUCUCAAAGUUCUUCAACUCGGCAGAGAUGAGAUUUUCACAGGUUAGUGUUGGGAGGAAGCAGAUCAUAGACAUGCACGGAUACAAAAUACCAGCCGCCAUGCCAAGGGGAUUCUUGAGCUGUUUGCCUUUGUUUUCGCUUCUUUCACGUCGACCCAAGAUUUACGAGGAUUGCAUAGAUUCACAUUAGAUUGAAGAAAAUAGGAGAAUAGAAUAGAUUCACUAUAAAUAAAGGACUACAGAAGGAGUGAGGACUCUUCCUCAAAGCUCUCUCACAGGGCGCCUUUGCCUUCUUUGCCAAGGAGAAGCUCAAAUACCACAUCCAAAGUGGAAAGCAGAGAGAAUUUGCUGCUUCAUAGCUUGUGAAGCUAGCUUUUGCUGAUAAGAAAUUCAGCCAACUAAUUGCCCUUCCUAAUAAUGGAUACAGAUGUACAACUUUCAGUAUACUUGAAAUAAACUGGCUUGGGACUGUUAUUUUUGACAAGUUUAUGUAUAGUUUAGUCUACAUUUGCAGAUGUGUGACUAAUUACAUCUGCAUAUGUAGAUGUCACUAAUUCCAUCUGCUUAUGUAGAUGUCACAAUAGUUUUGUUCUUAUAUUAAAAUUUAAGGGCGAAAGGUUGUAGUUUAAUUGGUUGAACUGAAUUGAUAGGAUGGUAGUAUGUUUCUUGAUUA